AUGUCUCGCGAGACUCCUCCGUCGCUCGCAAUGCUGCUGCUCGCUAUCAUCCUCUCAGCGACUAUCGUCGCUGUCGCCAAUGCCGCCGCCGUUGCCACCCCUCCCGCGCCUGCCGCUUCCAACUACUACUCCUUUGACCCGGCCGCCAACAGCCUCACGUUCGGCACGGAAUACACCAUCUUCUGGAACGCCAUGCUCACGGGGCCGGCCAACGUUGUCGUUACCAAUGGCACCGGCGCUAGGUCUCGCAUGGGAAAGACGGCGUUUCUAGCCAACGGAACGAUCAUGGGCGCGUCGGGAAAGCCGAUUAUUCCAACUCUUAAUGCCGACGGGCCUUACGUUGCAGGGGACCUGAAAGGGUGGCCUAACGGCACCAUCGUUGGCAGCACGGGUGCAACGAUCUAUCUUGCCGCACUGCUUUCCCUCAGCCCUAAUGGCACCGUUGGUUACACUCCUCCUCCCCUUCCGCCUCCCACUAUCAAAAAUGGUGCCUCCAACUACUACGCCUUCAACCCCGCCACCAAUAGCCUGACGAUCGGCCCGACGCUGUCGACUCCUCUAGCGCACCUCUCAAAACCACCAGAAACGCCGACGGAUCCGAAACUGCUGCUGGCAUGUACACCGCCCAUGUCAAAAUAA